UCCUUCUUCUUCUUCUUCUCCCUCUCUAACUUUCUGGCUGGAAUCUUACCGACAUGGCUGCCUGCGCCGAAAUCUUGAGAAACUGAUCAGCUGAUUCUCUACUGGAAUGCGACUUUCUCUACCGAUCGAUUCUGCUCAUCAGAUUCAUACAAUAUUCAUCUCUAAUCUCUGGACUAUAAUUAGUUUGCAGAUUGAACAAAGGAUCUAGACAUCAUCCAAUUUGAAGGAUAUAUAGUUAGUUUAUGACCAUGACUACUUUAUGCUUUAAAGAGCACGAGAGAGGAGUUGUUAAGGGGCAGAUUCCAUCAGCUACUAUGCCAUGGUGGUCUGGUUUAGGAUCUCAUUCUUCUUAUGGCCAAUCUUGUGGAGCUGUUGGGGGACAAGUUUCCUCUGGUAAACAGAAACAGGUUGUGUUUGAUGAAGAACCAUUGCUUGAGGAGGGUGGAUUUGCAAAAUUUACAAUUUCCCCAGGAAAUGGAAAAAAAUAUGGAAAUGAUGUAAAAAAUCCAAAUGCUGAUGCAAACCUCUCCAUGCAAACAGCUGAUCCAUCGGACCAAGGAGGUUAUUUCAGCCUGGGAUUUGCUCAACCUACGAUAUGUGGAAAGAUUUCCUAUGGAGAUCCAAAUUAUAAUGGACUCUUCUCAGCCUAUGGACCUCAGUUACCGGGCCGGAUAAUGCUGCAUACCAACAGCGAUGAGGGUCCGAUUUACGUGAACGCGAAGCAGUACCAUGGAAUACUCAGGCGUCGACUCUCACGUGCUAAAGCAAUUUCUCAAAAGAAAGCACCCAAAGUUCGUAAGCCAUACAUGCACCUGUCUCGCCACCUCCAUGCAGUGCGCCGCCCUAGAGGCUGCGGUGGGCGUUUCUUGAACAGGAAGAUAGACACGGGAAAUGAUUUAGCAAUAAAAGUCCAAAAGAGAAACAAAAUGGUAAUUUCUGAUAUGACUGAUUCUCAAAGUUCUGAAGUUCUGCAAUCGUGUGAUGGUGGAAACUUGAUGAUGAUGAACUCACCACGAAAGGAUUUAUAUAAAGGAUAUUCAAACAAUAUCUCAUACUUCGAAGUUACUAGUCACGACUCACACCAGCCGUUCAUGUUAGGUCCACAUGUCCAUGAUUUCUCUGGUAUGUUGAGUGCUAGGCAUGGAAGAUCAGUCAUGCCUAGCAAGUGUAACCUCAAUGUUUGACAAAUGAGGGAAGAACGGGUUUGUUAUGGUUGUCAAGCCCGUUCUUCUUUGAUGUAACCAAAUGGUGGUGAAGGGGAAAAUAUCACCAUUUGGUUGCUUUGAAGAGGCAAAUCAUCCUUGGCUUUUGUGCAUUUUAAGGUAAUUUUAGAUCAUCAAUGUCUGUUUGGGGAGAAGAAGUUGGUGAUCUUAUUAAACCCUUGAUGCAUUAUAUAAUAAUAUAUUAUUGUACUAAAUUUAGAGUGGGAUUUCUUAAUAAUGGGAUUUAUCUAAACCUUCCCAGUGUCUUUACUGAUUUGUGUGGUAUGUUUGACAUGCAAACUAUAAAUUCUCGUUUUUCAAAUGGUUUGUAAUGCGUUUAUGAAGUAGAAUGUUUUAUAUCCUAAUCGGGUUUCUUGUGUUUCUAAGUACAUCUUCUUAUUGUGAUAAUUGUUGUUGUGUUGAUGCACACCUUUGCAUGUUAAGUUAAAGAAUA